AUGGCGCAAGAUUCGACGCAGACCGACGAAGGGCAGGACAUAGCGGGAAGGCCCGGGUACAAGAAGCUGGCGAAUGGCAUUAUACUCGGUCCAGAUGGCAAGCCAUGCCGAACCUGUAACGAUGUAACCUCUCUCUUUGCCUUUGCAGGCAAGCUGCCCACAAAACGCACUCCUGCUGCUGUCACUCCGACCACCGCCGAGACCGCACCUUCCCUGCCCGCAGAUUGCCCUCCCGACGUUGAGGCUCUCGGUCGCUCAUCUUGGACUCUAUUACACUCCAUAACUGGCGCCUACCCAGCGAAUCCAUCACCACAACUACAGUCCGAAACCAAGUCCUUUCUUACCACGUUUGGCAAACUCUACCCGUGCUGGGUGUGCGCAGAAGAUUUCCAGAAGUGGAUGCAAAAGAACACGCCAAGAGUGAGCAGCCGAAACGAGUUCGGAGAGUGGAUGUGCGAGGCACACAAUGCUGUAAACGAGAAGCUGGGGAAAGAGCAGUUUGACUGCAAGAGGUGGGAAGAGCGAUGGAGAACGGGAUGGAAAGAUGGGAGAUGUGACUUCUAG